UUCUUCGAGCAAAGCUAAUGUGCUACGCUGUGAUUCAAUUUGCCGUGCUUAGAUAAUAUUAUAAAAUCCACGUCGUGUAGUUUAUAAUGUGUAAAACCUGUUCGCUUGCUAACAAAAUCUUAACGUUACGAGUGCAUAUGUUGGCCAUCUUGUGCUUUAGAUGUUAUCUCUCCUACUUUCAGCAGGUGGUGACACCUGUAGAACCAGGUGAAAAUGCGUAGUAUUUACGGAAGUGCCUGUUUGGCCAUGUAGGCUAUUCCUGACAUCGAUUUCCUCCGUUGUGAAAACAAACGAAAUGUAUCUACUCUGAUAGUUGUUGGUGUCACCUCCGUUCAGUAGACAUUUAAUAGACAAACAAGCGCUCUUAGAUGUUGGUUUAGGAAGUUGAAAUUGUGUGUGUGGCUCGUGUUCUUGAGACUGUAUGAAACAUUCAUUCUAAGUAAUAGAAUAAUAGAUGUAGAGUGGAAUAAUAGAAUGGAGGAUCUGGCUUUGUUGGACUUGCUGGAAUGUCCUAUUUGUCUGGAACCUCUUGAUGUGACAGCUAAGGUACUGCCGUGCCAGCACACGUUCUGCAAGCCCUGCCUUCAGCUUCAAGAGUCAUCGCGCUCGGCCUUGCGCUGUCCGGAGUGUCGUUCUCCCGUAGCAGGAACAGUGGAGGAGCUGCCCACUAAUCCGCUGUUAGUCAGACUUCUGGAGGGACUUCAGGAUAUACCUCUAGGGCCAGCAAAAGACAAGGGACACGUGGACCGCGUUACCAAAGACUGCGCCCCAUGCAAAGGACACCAGGACACCCAGUCCAACCAACACACGCAAGAGCUGGAAUCUGACAGGUUGUACUCAAGAACCAUCGUCAGCAGAGAACAGCGAGAUAAACCUGGAGGUCUCGACAUGAAAUCUGGAGACGUCAUCGACGAGGGCCGAAAGGAGAACGACAACCAGCGUCGUUCCGCUCACAUAAAGGCAGGCGGUGGCCUCCGCCCCGCUAAUGCUGUACAGCAGACCGACCAGUCCCUGCCUCAGCCCCAGCAGCAGUUGCCCCUAUGCACUGCCUUGUACGACUUUGACGUGAGAGAGCUGGACCCACAGCACUGCAAAGACUGCUUGACCUUCUUCAAGGGAGAUGUCAUCACAGUCAUUAGACGAGUGGACGACAGCUGGAUCGAGGGGAAGUUAGGAGAUAGAGUGGGGAUAGUUCCGCUGCAAUUCACAGAGGUUUGAGUUUUGUCUUUCUUUCUUUCUUUCUCUCUUUCUCUCUUUCUUCCUCACACAGAAAUGUGCUUUCAGGAAAACACGAGGCCAGUAACGAGCAGGCCUGUCUUUAUUCUGCAGCAGCAGCAGCAUGCUAUGUCAUGUGACAAAGCCUAACGUCAUUGUUUA